GCGUCACCCUAAAAACAACAGAGGGGCAACAGCCACCUCGUCUCCUUUAAUAGGGGUGACUGAACACUCCAAUACAAAGGGACAUUAGAGGGAAAAGCGACCGUCUCUUGCUUUGGGGAUGCGCGUCAGGGGACCACCGUAGCCAAUCUGCUUGAGCACGUAGAUGCUCGUAAUUCACGACCCCCCUUUGCUGUCUCGCGCAGUGUUCUUGCUGACUCAGUGCCUUACAGCAGUGCUCCCUGUUCUCUCCACGCAUCGACCAGAAACUGCGACGCAGGCUCCCUCCAGUAGCCUAGCCCACUUCUUUCACCACCAACGCCGCACAAACUGACAGACAUGGCUAAAACAGCAAUUGCGUACAAAGAGAAGAUGAAGGAGAUGUCUGUCCUGUCUCUCCUCUGCUCCUGCCUGUACCCAGAGACACGCAAGAACCUGGUAGGAGAGUUCCAAGCAGGCAUGGAGGUGAAGCCCAUCAACAAGCGCGCCUCUGGCCAGGCCUUCGAGGUGAUCCUGAAGCCCCCCUCUCCGGUGUCAGACGCAGCCCACUGUGUCACCUCGCCCCCUAAGAAGGAUGUCUCUCUGGAGGACAUCCAGAAGAAGCUGGAGGCCGCUGAGGACCGGAGGAGAUCCCAGGAGGCCCAGGUUCUCAGGGCCCUGGCAGAAAAGCGGGAGCACGAGAGAGACGUGGUGAUGAAGGCCAUGGAGGAGAACAGCAACUUCAGCAAGAUGGCAGAGGAGAAGCUGACCAUGAAGAUGGAGCAGAUCAAGGAGAACCGCCAGGCCUACCUGGCCUCCAUCAUGGAGCGCCUGCAGGAGAAGGAGAGGCAUGCCCAGGUGGUGCGCAGGAACAAAGAGCUGAGGGAAGAGCUGACAGCGUGAGCAGGCGAGGGGCGCCACAAACCAUCGUACCCCCCUACAGCCACCCUCCUGUACCCUGUACUCCUCCGCCCCCUCCCAAGGGACUCCCCUGACAACCCCACUUCUACAGCACCCCCAGCGUCAGAAGACCUCCCCAGAGUGAGGAGGAGGACCCACCGGCACCCCACACCAACAGCAUUAGCAAAUGGGGGGAUUGCAAAAAAAAUGACCAAAAUGUCACCCACUCCUCCCUCAUAAAUCAGGCUUUUGCUCGAUUUCAAAUGCUGAAAAAAGAAAAGAUGAAAAGCCAACCAAGUUAUAGUGGGUAUUGUUUUUUGUAAAUACUUAUUUUUUUGUUAUAUACAGUAGGAUAGUACAGCAGAAGUAUUGCAGUGUGCCAUUUUAGCAUUUUCUCUAUCUAUGGAUGUACUUUUAUUUUUAUUUUUUUCUCAAACAAAAAUCGUUUGCAGUUUCUCUCGUACUAUAAGGCUUCUGUGUUGUUGUGAGUUCGCCAGCUAGCCGACGUGCGUUUGCGCUGGUUAUUUUCUGACCAUGUCUGUUUCUGUGUCAGUCAGUUAGUGUGGGGAUGAUGAUAAUACAGGCUGCUCAUUGACUUCCAGGAGAGAGACUAGCUAGACAUUAGGAGAAUACUAUAGCUUUUAUGAGCCGAUUCUCUCCUGUCUGUCUGUCUGAUCUCCCACUCUCUUGCAUAGAGUAGUUCAUUCACACACAUGCACAUACACAGACUGAGGAAUUUGGCAAACGUGACAUGUCGUUUAAGAGGAGCUUGCUAAAUUCUGUCAGUUGGGCAUCGCAGAAGUCACAUGACAUCCUUGGUUCAUACCGUGAUGUCACAGAGGGGUGUUAUGGUCCUUUCUCGUUCCCAAGACCCCCUGCGUCAUCUGUCAAUCACUCUCUCAGCAUGUACUGUAUGUACCAUCUUAGACGUGUAGAUAAUGUAAUCGUGCCUAGAAUGCUACAAGCUCAUAUAGCGGUUAACGCUUAAGCAAUGGUAGAUCACUAAGUAACAUCCAUGUCCCUAAAUAGGCUAAUGAGCCCUCUCAGCUCUUUCAUGUUGUGCCACAGAGGAACCGAGCCAAAUGCUACUACGGAGGUUUCACUCUCUAUGGAGAAUCAUAGUUUGACUCUCUCACUAUUGAGAAUGAGUCAUUAUACCGUCGUCUCUUAACUGUGUACGGCAAACUAUGGCACAGGAGAACAAGUAGGCAACAUUAAGACAUAAGAAAACAACCAACACACAGACAUAUAAUAACAUCUAGAAGAUCCUGACAUGACAAUGGAAGACAAAGUGUGCAUGUUUCAGUAGGGGUGGGUGGAUGUGUGUGAGAGAGUGUGUAUGUUUCAGUAAGGUUGGGUGGAUGUGUGUGAGAGAGUGUGUAUGUUUCAGUAAGGGUGGGUGGAU